AUGGCGCAAUUUCGUAGUUUACAGUUAAUGAAGUGUGCCACUAAGCUCUUGUGUCGCAGAGAAGGCUGCAGGGAGAUCGCUACCCAAACUGCUGCAGUGCCGUUGGUAAGGACGGCGCCGGUUUCGCGCUCCGACUGGGAGAGGAGCAGACGCAACACAGAGGAACCGUACUCCCACACGGGCGACUUUGAGGCUGAAAGCAGGCGGGUAAUCUUCAGAAACCAAAAAGGUUUCGGAAGACCUCACACCCAUAAGACUAAGAUUGGUACUAAUUUCAUCGCAAAGCUGCAGAGUGUGUCGUCGAACACCCCAAAGGAGGAGCUGCGGUUGUUGCUGAUGAAGAUAUCACAACAUAUUGAUGAGUUCAAUGAGUACGAGCUGGUGGACAUCGGGUACUACCUGACGCGGGUCAACAGCGAAGAUUGUGCAUCGGUUGUCGAGCCGAUACUACACCGCUUCUUUUCGCUACCUGAACGGCAUUCGUGCCUGAAUGGCGUUUACAUACACAGGUGGGUUGGCCGCUAUGAGCUGUCACAAAACGCCAGAUUACUGAGGACCAUGUUCAUAUACCAGGACGUGACCUACCGUGUGUGGGUAUAUGAAGUGGCCCAGAUCGUGGGCACGAAGCACCGGCAUCUUUUGAUGCGAGACGUCCAGCUUGUGAUUGACGACCUCUCACUAUUCUACGACGCGGCCGCACAGGGCGCGCUCAAGAAGUUCGAGGAUGUCAUACUACGUCGAGCGCACGAGUUAGAAAUCGGGAGACUCCCUUUGGUGAUCCACGCGCUUGGGCGGUCGGGGUACAACACCAUAGAAGUCGCAAGGGCGAUACAUAACGUGUACAUGAAGAAAAAAGGGCACCCAGAUUUCUAUCUGUGUCAUUUGAUUGGCCUUUUGCUGAAAGGGUACACCACAUUCCAUUUUCACCCUGGGAAAGCGUUCUUGGACGACGCGUGGGAGCACUUGAAGGAUGGCAUAAAGACAGCGGAGUUCAAGUACAUCUCUUGGUUGGCCGAAUCGUUUCUAAAGUUGCGCUAUGUUGAACAUGCGCCAACAGUAUUAGAUGAGCUCCUCGAAAAGCAGCACCUACUGAGCCACCUGGAGUUCACCGACUUCAUAUCCGGCUGUUGGUCGAUUCAAUCGUACAUACUCUCCGAAGAGUUUCGCAAGUACGUGGUCCCCGGAACAGAAUGGCAGUUGGCUGGUAACGGUGGUGAACAGAGUCCGACCUACGAAACAACAUCGGGAACUAUAACGACCUUGUAUGCGUACUACAAGAAGUUGUUGCGCGCCAUUGUUGAUGGCAUGUCUAGCAAGAUAUACAACUCCACGCCACCCUACCGGGCCACACAGUUUGAGUUGCUUACAAGGCUGCUUGUAAUCUACCCCAACCCGCGUGACUUCAGGACGAUUCUGCCGCUCAGAAAGUUCGACGCGGUCUACCCGAUAAUGCAACUCCCAUCAGAGGAAGAACCGCAUGUAGGUAGUGUUGAUUUUAUAUUUAGGAAUCACACCCACCUCCAAGCAUCACGUUUUUUUGGCGAUGGCCACAACUUGAAUGACGCAUUAAAGGCCACCGAAGAGUCCUGCCAGAAAUACAACGACGGCAACACACAGACGGUUAAUUCAGCUGAAUCGAUAUCGGAAAAUCCGCUGUGUUGGGAUGUGGAACCUGAGCUGAAGCCACUCCCGAACCUGUUGAAGCAGUACCUUCAUUCCCUAUUUUUCAGGACGCCGGCGCUUGCUCCCAGGGGUAUCCGCAUAUUGAUGCAGGGCCUUGUGCGCAUACACUUUGAAAAGCGUGAGGACUGCGUAAUGGAGCCUGAUUUAUUGCCGCCGAUGAAGACAGCCUACCACAGUCGUCCCUUUUCGCGCGCUAUUAUUCGCGAGGUGUACCGUAAGCUGGCAUGCUACAAUACUGACGAUUUACUGGUAACCCUGUACUGCAUGUUCCCCCUCCGGAUGUUCGAGUUGGAUCUCGCGCCAACACUCUUAUCGCAGCUCACCGGGAUGUGGGUACACCAGUUAAGGGAAGAUGCGUUGACUCCAGAUCAAAGACGCCUGAUACGGUUGUUCUACGACACGCUUAAGGGGAAUGCAGCCGACCAAUACGACCGACUAGACAAGCAUAGUAUAGAAAGCAUCAUGCGGGAUAUAGAAGACUGA